CGCAUCCCCUCACGCCUCCAGACACACACAGACGCCGCCACCGCUCGGACGUGAUUUUCCUCACACGUUGACUGUGCCGUUUUUGUCAUUUGGAGUUUUUUUUCCUUCCUAUUCAAAAAAAAAAAGAAAAAUUAAGAAGUCUACUUGAACCAAAGAAAGUGCCCAUUUUUUCCCCCCUGCUAUGGCCAAAGGAGAAGGAGGCGAACAAUACACCAACAGCAGUUUGUUAAAUAAGCCGGGCAGCGCGGAUGGCAUCAGGCUCGCCAGGAAGCAUGAGAGUAGGAACAGGCUGUCGGUCUGCAACAAGCUGUGCUAUGCAGUCGGCGGAGCCCCCUACCAGAUCACUGGGUGUGCCCUGGGCUUCUUUCUGCAGAUUUAUCUCCUGGACGUUGCUCAGCUCGAUCCCUUCUACGCCUCCAUCAUCUUGUUCGUGGGCCGAGCAUGGGACGCGGUGACCGACCCCACGGUGGGAUUCCUGGUCUCCCGAAGCCCCUGGACACGUUUUGGACGCAUGCUGCCCUGGAUCCUUCUCUCGACCCCUCUGGCUGUGCUUUCCUAUUUCCUCAUAUGGUAUGUUCCCCCCUUUGAGGACGGCAAAGUCAUCUGGUACCUUGUCUUCUACUGCCUCUUCCAGACCCUUCAAACUUGCUUCCAUGUGCCAUACUCAGCCCUCACCAUGUUCAUCAGCUCGGAGCAGAAGGAGAGGGAUUCGGCCACUGCGUACAGGAUGACGGUGGAGGUCCUUGGCACUGUGGUCGGCACGGCCAUCCAGGGGCAGAUCGUCGGCAUGGCCAACGCGCCAUGCGUCCCCGGACCCGCCGAAAUCUUGGCAAACCUGAACAACACCGUUGGACUCAAUGACACGGGGCCUGUCAUUUCCCUGGAUGACACGAAAACGGCCUACAUGAUCGCCUCCGGUAUCAUCUGCUUGAUCUAUGUCCUCUGUGCUGUGGUUCUUUUCUUCGGUGUGAGAGAGCAAAAAGAGUCUUGUCGUCCCAGGUCAGAGCCCAUGUCUUUCUUCCAGGGAAUUAAGCUUGUGAUGGGGCACGGACCCUACGCCAAACUUGUCAUGGGCUUCCUCUUCACCUCACUGGCUUUCAUGCUCCUGGAGGGAAACUUCGCUCUCUUCUGCAGUUCCACACUGGGCUUCAGGAACGACUUCCAGAAUAUUCUGCUGGUCAUCAUGCUUUCCGCUAGUCUGACCAUCCCCUUCUGGCAGUGGUUUCUCACUCGCUUUGGGAAAAAGACGGCGAUUUUCGUUGGCACCUUGUCUGUGGUUCCCUUCAUGAUCCUGGUGGUGUGUCUGAAGAGUAACCUGAUCGUCACCUACGUUGUCUCCUUCGCCGCUGGGGUCGGAGUGGCCGCAGCCUUUCUGCUGCCCUGGUCCAUGCUGCCUGAUGUUGUGGACGAUUUCCAAGUGCAGAACCCCAACUCCACCGGCCACGAAGCUCUCUUUUAUUCCUUCUACGUUUUCUUCACCAAGUUUGCCUCUGGAGUCUCCCUGGGCAUCUCCACUCUCAGUUUAGAUUUUGCAGGCUACAUCAGCAGAGGCUGCUCGCAACCAGAGGAAGUGCAUUUAACCCUGAAGCUGCUGGUUUCCGCAGCCCCCGUAGGCCUCAUCAUCAUCGGCCUGGUCAUAUUGUACUUUUAUCCGAUCGAUGAGGAGAGGAGGCAGGGCAACCGCAAACUGCUGCAGGAACAGAGGGACAACGAGACCGAUUCGGAGACAGAAUCAACAGAGCUGGCCAACAUCGCCUAGGACAUUUUAUAUGACCCGUGGACCAAUCGGGUGAUCGACUGGCAUUUUUGCACUGGGCAGGACCAACGGACCUGUGGGCCCGUCGCAUCACACAGACUCUGCUUUGCUCAAUCGCCGCUGCUCUUCCACGUAUCAAGACUUGUGUUUUUUGAAAGAAUCACUUCAGCUACACUGUGGCCUUCCUAAAAAAACACAUGGGGGACAUCUCAAAAGCCUUAAGUUUUGUAUAAAAUGCAACUUUUGAGCACAGUGGAAAAAUCUAUCUUUUUUUAAAGGUUUGUCUCGAUUUAAGUUAAAACUGCACAAAACCACGAAAUGCGGUAGGAUCUUGUUUUGUCUGUGUUGACAUUAUUGGUGCUAUUCGCUGGAACUGAACACUUUCCAUCCUCUUUCAUACGACCAAAUGGCCUUGGGCACUGAGCUACAAAUAAACGUUUAUAGUUCAGAGGAAGGAAACUUGAACAGUGAUGACGCCCUAAUAUCAGCCGUCUUGGGGUUAAAAAUUCAAAACGGAUGCUUGUGUUAGUCCCUCGUUCCCGAGUCAUUGACUUGACCAUUUGUGUAUUCUGAACAUUUUUGAAUGUGUUUUGUAAAUGUAGUUUCUCAACAUAGUUUACUGAAACCCGUCAGCCUGUUUCACUCUCAUUCCCGUCCCACUUUAUUUUUUCCAUUGUCUUUGUUUUCUUCUUAAAGAAGCAGAAAUAAUGUAAUGUUGGAACCAGUGGCCAAACGGUAACAGCUUUUGUCUGAAAGGCUCAUUGUAGUUCCCCGCCAUAAUAAUGAAACCACUACAUUAGCAAAAGCAGUUAGUUUGCACACACAUAACUGCAAUACUAACCCAGCAAUUACAUUAUUUACCUUUUAUUUAUAGGACAGCUACUGAAGACUAGAAAAGCUUCUUUUCUCUUUUUCGUUUCCUUAAUACUGAGCAAAACGGUGACUACUGCCGGUAAUAAUUUAGCAACCCUUUAUUUAAAUAUUUAUGAGUUUCGAUUUUAAUGUUUUUGAAAGCAAGUUUGCUGGAAAAAGUCAUGCUUCUUGCGGUAUUUAAAUCUACUUAAAGCCUGUCAGGGUUCUCCCCCCCCCCCCAAACUGAAUAAAACAAUGAGGAAGAUGAGGUUGGAGUCAAUUUUUAAAAACCAUUCACGCGCCUUUUUAAUGCACAUUGCCAUAGCUACUGUCUUUGCUCCAUAUGCAUUCAAAAAGGGAAGCAUAUAUUUGUGGGGGGAAAAAAAAGUUCCCGAUUGGAAGGUGUGGAAGUGAACUUUUUUUUCUUUUGGAAUGUUUGUUUUUCUUUGUAAAUAUUGUAUAUGUGUUUGGGGCAACUACUGGGAUGUUUUGUGAUCAUCACAAUCCCUGUAAUUGAUAUGAUUUACAUAUUUAUAUCUAUUGUUAUGGAAAUGUGUACACAGUCUCAUAAGACUUCGACCUGUUGUUACUGACAACCGAAUAACUGAUGUGAAAACUUUGUUCACUUUAUUCUUUUUUUUUUCCUGCCUUAAUUUUCUUUCUCACCAGAGGUUUCUUAUAUCCUCAUGAAUGGAUACUUUCGUGCCAACUGGGUGCCAUUUCCACCCACAAACUGUGUUUUAACUGUACAUCCUGUAAACCUUUUUUCUUUUUGUCUAUGUUCUCUCUUUUACUUCUGUCAUGACUGUUGAGGCUGUGGCCAAAUGUGAGCUUUAAUCUGGCGGACAGAGGAGGAAGCCUUGUGAAUGUGCCUCUUGGGCAUAUGUAGAUAUUGUAUGUAAACCUGUAAAUAUCUUUGAUAUUUGUGGCUGCAAGUGAAAUGAACGUUGUACAUUGUACCGAAGUUAUUUAAGGAAAAGCUGUUGAGACUCUAAAAGAUGGUUAAUAAAUACUAAUUGAUGUGUACUGUGAA